AUGAAGACCAUCCCCUCCAGCUUGUACCAAGUUAUCAAAUUUCCCACACCAUGGGGAGUGUUUAGCAUACGAGAGGAACAACGCAUUUCCCGAGAAUGCUAUCGCAUUGCCCAGGAUUACAUGCCAGGUAUCCCAAAGGAGAUAGCGACACACAAGUUUAAUGUCGAUCUAUUUUACCCCCUAGUAAGGCAAGUUAGGCGGAAGUUCAACUCCGCAAUAAACGAUGCAGUCUGCGAGGAGGUUGAAAAAUUGCUGGAAAACGGCUCCAUCAGUGAAUCAAAAUACCCCCAAUGGGUUGCCAACCUCAUUGACGCAAUAAUCGGACACGAGCUGCUAAGCUUCUUAGAUGCAUACUCGGGCUAUAACCAGAUCCUCAUAGAGGAGGAAGACCAGGAGAAGACCACCUUCAUCACCCACCAAGGAAUGUAUUGCUGCAGGGUGAUGCUUUUUGGACUGAAAAAUGCGGGGGCAACAUAUCAAAGGUUGGUGACAAGAAUAUUCAAAGACCAACUCGGCAAAACCAUGGAGGUCUACAUAGAUGAUAUGUUGGUCAAAUCCAGACGAAAAGAAGAUCACAUCGACCAUCAGAAGGAGGCCUUCGGCAUACUCAGGCGAUACGGGAUGAAAUUAAACCCUGAGAAGUGUGCGUUCGGCGUAACCUCAGGAAAAAUUUUGGGUUUCCUGGUUUAUAAGCUGACCGGCCGCAUCGCCGCCUUGUCGAGGUUCAUCUCACGAUUGUCUAACAAGUGUCAUAAAUUUUUUGGCGUACUCAAGAAGGACAACGGUCUCCUAUGGACAUCCGAGUGCGUUCAAGCACUGAAGGAGUUAAAGGCUUAUCUAUCGUCACCACCAUUGCUCGCCAAAGCAGAACCUGGAGAAUGUCUCCUCGUCUACCAUGCCGUAUCCGAAGUAGCAGUAAGCGCAAUCCUGGUCCGAGAAGAGAAAGUCACAACUUUCCCCUUGAGAUGUAUUUUACAUAAACCUGAGCUAUCGGGAAGGUUAGCUAAGUGGGCUAUAGAAUUGAGCGAGCAUGAUAUCACGUAUCACCCCCGGACGGUGAUAAAAUCACAAGUCCUCUACGACUUUGUCGCCGACUUUAGCGCAAAAAUAAUGCCUGAAGUAGAAAAAGAAAUCGCCCAUGCUUCUCCGCCUACACAAGAUCAAUGGAUUUUGUACACCGACAGCGCUUCCAAUGCGUCAGGAUCCGGAUUAGGACUCGUGCUCGAGGUCCCGACAGGAAAAGUAAUUCGCCAGUCCAUAAGGUGCCCAGACAUGACUAACAAUAAGGCCGAGUAUGAGGCCGUGAUUACUGAAUUGAAGCUAGAACUCAAGUACAGGGCUAGGCGGGUCAUCCUACGAUGUGACUCGCAGCUCGUCGUCAACCAAGUCACAGGGACUUUCCAGAGCAAAGGCUGCAAAAAUACCAAGCCGAAAUUUGCAAAUUACUGCCCGAGUUUGAUGAAUGCCAACUCGACCAAAUCCUUCGGAGACAAAACAUAG